AUGGCGACCCCUACACAGGGUGACGUCUCGAAUGGACAUUUAUCGCCUGAAAUUGAUCCUGAAACACAUGCUGCAGAUGGACAAACUCUCAACAACACUGAACGCGUCGACGCCGCGCAGGCGCUUCCCACACGAAAUUUCUCACCGAGCCCAAGCGAGACCGAAGACCUUCCAAAUGGCCUCGCCAAUGAACAAAGUAUCGCUGGCAGUAGUCCUCCGUCGCCCAAUGACGCGUCGGAGGAUGCAGACUUUGACAUGGAGGAAAGCCAAGCGUCUCAUCACGACGAGGAUAUGGUCGACGAACACGCCAGUUCCGGGUCGUCCACCACUGCCACCAAGCGCAAGACCGCCGUGGCCGAAGAUGAUUAUAUGAGAAUGGAUCCAGAGCUAUAUGGCCUUCGGCGUAGUACCGAGAGAGUCGCGCAAAGUCCCUCGAAACGAGUAAGCCCUGCGCACCACCAAUCUUCCACAAACAACUCCGACUCUGAUGUCUCCGACGUCUAUGGCGGAGCUCGGGCGCGAACCUUUCAGAAGAAAGCUCGUCUCCACAGAGCAGAGCAGCCAAACCUGUCCGAAAAACGUUGGUCGAGCCGGCGUGCUGCGCAGCAGGUGCAGACCGGCGCAUACGAGGAAAGCGAUUUCGACGAGGAAGACGAUGAAGUUGAACAGGCAAACGUAGAAUAUGUCGCCGAUUACGUUGACGACUCGCCUUAUGUCGAUAGAGUCGUCAAACACCGGGUCAAGGAUGGUAUCGAGCUUGCGUACGAUUUGCAACGGCACGAUUUCGAGUACUACAUUAAAUGGCAAGGCAAAUCACAUUUGCACGACACAUGGGAGACCACCGACUCCCUCAAGUUCGUUCGAGGCGUCCGGAGGGUCGAGAACUAUUUCCGGAAAACGGUCGACAUCGAACUCGAGAUGCGGUUUGGGUAUGACAUCCCGCCCGAGACAAAGGAACAAUUCUUUCUUGACCGUGAGCGUGACGAGGAAGCCUUCGAAGACUACACGAAAGUGGAAAGAGUCGUGGGCAUCCGCGAUGGCGAGGAUGACACCGAGUACUUUAUCAAGUGGAAAGGGUUAUCCUACGACAUGUGUACAUGGGAAGAGGCAUCUCUGAUCAGUCCAAUGUUCCAAGACAAGAUCGAUCAGUACCUUGACCGCGCCUCGCGCAGCUGGCAGUCUGACAAGAAGGAGACCAGCCUGCAGACCCGUUCCAGGAUGACAAAACUCGAGGAGCAACCCAGUUACAUCCAAGGAGGCGAGCUUCGAUCGUUCCAACUGAAAGGUUUGAACUUUUUGUGCCUGAACUGGACCAGAGGCAACAAUGUUAUCCUCGCCGACGAGAUGGGCCUGGGCAAGACCGUGCAGACCGUCUCAUUCCUCAGCUGGCUUCGCAAUGACAGACGACAAGAGGGACCUUCACUCGUUGUCGCGCCACUCAGUGUCAUCCCUGCCUGGUGCGAUACAUUCAACCACUGGUCCCCCGACAUCAACUAUGUUGUCUACCUUGGUCCGGAAGAUGCCAGGAAGAUUAUUCGAGAGAAUGAGCUCCUUGUGGACGGUAACCCAAAGAAACCAAAGUUCAACGUGCUGGUCACCUCUUACGAGUUUAUCCUGCAAGAUUGGCAAUUCCUCUCCUCCAUCAAAUGGCAGACGCUCGCUGUUGACGAGGCACAUCGUCUCAAGAACCGUGAAUCCCAGCUGUACAGCCGCUUGGUGGGUUUUGGCGUCCCUUGCAAGAUUCUGAUCACCGGCACACCAAUCCAGAACAACCUGGCGGAGCUCUCAGCUCUUCUCGACUUCCUUAACCCCGGCAAAGUGGACAUUGAUGAGGAUCUUGACUCCCUGUCAGCCGCCGAUGCACAGGAGAAGCUACAGGACCUGCAUAAUGCCAUUGCACCUUACAUCAUCCGCCGAACAAAAGAGACAGUCGAGUCCGACCUCCCACCAAAAACAGAAAAGAUCAUUCGCGUGGAGUUGUCCGAUGUCCAGCUUGACUACUACAAGAACAUCAUUACCAGGAACUACGCUGCCUUGUCUACGGCUAACAAUGGGCACAAGAACUCCUUGCUCAACAUUAUGAUGGAGCUGAAGAAAGUCAGCAACCAUCCUUACAUGUUUGCAGGUGCUGAGGAAAGGGUGCUAGCGGGCAGCACACGCCGUGAGGACCAGAUCAAAGGCCUUAUCGCAAGCAGCGGCAAGAUGAUGCUCUUGGACCAGCUGUUGUCGAAGUUGAAGAAGGAUGGGCAUCGUGUCCUGAUUUUCAGCCAGAUGGUGCGGAUGCUGGACAUUCUAGGCGACUACAUGUCUCUGCGCGGUUACAAAUUCCAGCGGCUGGAUGGUACCAUUGCUGCAGGUCCUCGUCGCAUGGCGAUCAACCAUUUCAACGCCGAUGACAGCGAGGAUUUCUGCUUCUUGCUAUCUACUCGGGCGGGUGGUUUGGGUAUCAACCUGAUGACGGCAGAUACUGUAGUCAUUUUUGACUCCGAUUGGAACCCCCAAGCCGAUUUGCAGGCAAUGGCACGCGCCCACCGCAUUGGCCAGAAGCGGCCUGUCAACAUAUACCGACUGGUCAGCAAGGAGACAGUUGAGGAGGAAGUCCUCGAGCGGGCGCGAAACAAGCUUCUACUUGAAUACUUGACGAUUCAAGCAGGCGUCACCGAUGACGGGAAAGCCAUGAUGCAGUCUGAGCUGAAUAAGAAGGGCCUCAAGACGGACGGUCCCACGUCGAACGAAGACAUCCAGAUGGUCCUCAAGAUGCGCUCCUCCAAGAUGUUUGAGCAGUCGGGCAACCAGGAGCGACUGGAGCAGCUUGACAUUGACUCCAUUCUAGAGAAUGCUGAGGUUACCAAGACCAAAGUAGACGACAAGAUCAACCUCAGCAGCGGAGGCAUUGACUGGGACAAUUUCAUGCAAAUCACCGAUGUCAAGGUCGACGACAUUAACCUGGAUUGGGACCAAAUCAUCCCCGCCGACAAACUCGCUGAGAUCAAGGCCGACGAGGAGAGGAAGCAGAACGAAGAGUAUCUCGCGAAGCUUGCCGCAGAAAGCGCACCGCGCAGAGCCACUAUCAAGCACCGCAACAAGGAGACUGACCGCGCUGAUCGUUUGAAGAAGCGACAGCAAGAGCAGGAGGCAGAAGAGGCCGAGAAGCGUUUGCAGAAGGCCGAUCCAAAGCGGCCGCUCGACGUCUCCGAGCAGCGUGUCCUGAUCAAAGCUUACUUCAAAUUUGGAUCUAUAGAACACAGAGCUGACGACAUAAUAUCUGACGCGAAACUUGGCGACAGGGAUCCCGAUUUGGUGAAGGCCAUGUUGGGUGACUUUGUCAGUCGCGCCCGGGAAGCUGUGGAAGACAACAUUUCGAAGAUGGCUGAGGAAGAGAUGAAAGCAGGCAAGGCUCUCAACAAGAAAGACCGCAAAGCCGUCUUGAUUGACUUUGGCGAACUCAAGAAAGUCAAUGCUGAGACAGCCAUUGACAGGCCCAUUCAACUGCAACUGUUACGCGAGGCAGUAGCUGCUGCUCCCGAGUGGAAAUCCUUCCGACUUCCUGAUGCGACCAAAGGCGCAAGCUAUAGCUGUCCUUGGGGUGCGAAAGAAGACGGCAUGCUCCUCGUCGGGAUCGACCGUCAUGGCUUCGGCUCGUGGGUCCGGAUACGCGACGAUCCCGAUCUCGGAUUGCAGGACAAACUCUUCCUGGAGGAAGGCCGCAUUGCGCGCAAAGAGGAGCGGAGCAAAGCCAAGGACAAGCAGAAGGCUCCAGGAGCCGUGCAUCUGGUGCGUCGUGCUGAGUAUCUGCUGUCCGUACUGCAAGCCAAGCACUCGUCGGACAAGAACCUGUUGAGCAAGGUCGAGAACCACCACCGCAACAACAAGAAGGGACACCUGGGCAACGGACAACGUCACGGCUCGAGCGGCUCGCCAGCGCCCAACAGCGGCUCCAUUAGGAAGAGAGAACCUGAGCUGCACAGGGCACGCAGCCACCAGGACGAGAACGGGACACCGCGCCCUGAGUCGAAGCGGAGGCAUGCGAAUCUUGAGGGCGGACGUAGCCCGAAGCAUCGGCGCUUGGAUGAACAGCGGCGAUCCAGCAAGCACGACGACCGUGACCGCCUGGACAAGCGGCGUCACCGCGAAGACGAUUGGCGGGACGACCGACGAGCGGAUCUUGACAGAGGUCGUCACAGGGAUGACGACCACCAUCGUCGAGAGGAAAGGUCCCGCGAUGACCGCCAUCGCGAGGAUCGUUACCGCCAGGACAGGCACAGGGACGACAGACAGCGUGCAGAGCGGCAUCGCGACGACAGGCGCCGUGAGGACCGUCUCCAUGACGACCGUCACAGACCUGACAGACACCACGACGACCGGUACCGUGACGAACGCCGACGUGACGACCGGCGUCGCGAGGAGCGGGAUAGGGAGGACAGGUCUCGUGAUGACCGAUACGAGUCCCAUCGUCGCCGGGAGUCUGGAGGUCAUGCUCAGACGGAGCGCGCCCGCAGUAACACGUCUAACGGGGUGCUUGCCCACCUGGACAAGCUUCGGGUGAUAGGCGACGAUGCGAACGCUAGAAACGAGAACAACGACGCCCUGAUAUGGUACUUUCUGAAGCCGGUCCGCGAGAACUUUGAGAGGAUCCUGUCCACUACCAAGGAGACUGUCAAGUCGGGUAAGGAACGCGCAGCCAUCUACGGUGACGAGCUUGAGCGCAUCGGCGACUUUUUGAAGGAUAGCAAUGCUUCAAGCGACGCCUCGUUGCAGAAGCGGUUUUGGGACUUUUUGGCCAAGCGAUGGCCAGUUGAGACAGCGAAACAGAUCAGCGGCGAACGACUGAGCAAGAUGUAUGAGAGUCUUUGCGCCCGCAAGAGAGGAGGCGGAGGCGGAGGCGGAGGCGGUGGUGGUGGUGAAGCGACGACGUCUGCGGCAGCCGCCUAA